AAUGACUCAAGCUCUCUCCUUUGUUCUCCCCUAUAAAAACAUCCUCCUCCCAAUAUCACUUCCAUUGCAAUUUGCAACCUUAACCAUCACUGGCACAUAGGUGUUUAUUGCUACACACUAGAAGAAUUAUGGAAGCUCUCAAGACCCUCUUCUUAGCCAUUUUUGUUGUCUUGGCUUCAGCAUUGUAUUCAGCCAAUGCCAAAAUCCAGGAGCAUGAGUUUGUUAUUCAAGCAACGCCAGUGAAGAGGCUGUGCAACACCCACAGCACCAUCACAGUGAAUGGACAAUUCCCUGGUCCAACAUUGGAAGUCAACAAUGGUGACACUUUGGUCGUCAAAGUCACUAACAAAGCUCGUUACAAUGUGACUAUUCACUGGCAUGGAAUUCGGCAAAUGAGAACAGGAUGGGCUGAUGGACCAGAAUUUGUGACUCAGUGCCCUAUUCGUCCUGGAGAAAGUUACACCUAUCGUUUUACCAUUCAAGGACAAGAAGGAACACUUUGGUGGCAUGCUCAUAGCUCAUGGCUAAGAGCCACUGUUUAUGGUGCUUUAAUCAUUCACCCCAGGGAGGGAGAGGCGUAUCCUUUCACUAAGCCAAAGCGCGAGACUCCAAUUCUUCUUGGGGAGUGGUGGGACGCAAACCCGAUCGAUGUUGUGAGACAAGCUACACAAACAGGAGCAGCACCUAAUAUUUCUGAUGCAUACACCAUCAAUGGUCAACCUGGCGAUCUUUACAAGUGUUCUAGCCAAGGCACCACCAUUGUUCCAAUAGAUUCUGGCGAGACAAACCUCCUAAGAGUGAUCAAUGCAGCACUGAACCAACCCUUGUUCUUCACAGUGGCCAACCACAAGCUCACAGUGGUUGGUGCCGAUGCCUCCUACCUUAAACCCUUCACCACCAACGUCAUCAUGCUGGGACCAGGCCAAACCACCGAUGUCCUCAUCCAAGGUGACCAACCUCCCACACGCUACUACAUGGCCGCACGUGCCUACCAAUCCGCCCAAAACGCACCGUUUGACAACACCACCACCACCGCCAUUCUCGAAUAUAAAUCCGCACCGUGCCCCGCCAAGGGUUCUUCGAUCAAACCCGUUAUGCCGUCUCUCCCAGCCUACAACGACACCAACACAGUCACUGCAUUCAGCAAAAGCUUCAGAAGCCCCAGAAAAGUUGAAGUCCCCGCAGAAAUUGAUGACAAUCUUUUCUUCACCAUUGGCCUUGGACUCAACAAUUGCCCGAAAAAUUUCAAUGCGAACCAAUGCCAGGGACCGAAUGGAACGCGUUUCACUGCCAGCAUGAACAAUGUCUCGUUUGUUCUCCCAAACAACGUUUCAAUCUUGCAGGCUCAUCACCUUGGUGUGCAAGGAGUGUUCACCACUGAUUUUCCUACGCAACCUCCUGUCAAGUUUGAUUACACUGGUAAUGUGAGUCGUUCUCUGUGGCAACCUGUUCAAGGGACCAAAGUGACCAAGUUGAAGUUUGGAUCGAGGGUGCAGAUUGUGUUGCAGGAUACUAGCAUUGUGACCCCUGAGAACCACCCCAUUCACCUUCAUGGGUAUGAUUUCUACAUCGUGGCUGAGGGGUUUGGGAAUUUUGAUCCGAACAAAGAUACUUCCAAGUUCAACCUUGUUGAUCCACCUAUGAGGAACACUGUGGCUGUGCCAGUGAAUGGAUGGGCAGUUAUCAGAUUUGUUGCUGACAACCCAGGAGCUUGGAUCAUGCAUUGUCACUUGGAUGUUCACAUCGGAUGGGGUUUGGCCACUGUGCUUUUGGUGGAUAAUGGAGUAGGCCUGUUGCAAUCCAUAGAGCCCCCUCCUGAGGAUCUGCCUCUAUGUUAGGAUAAUCAAAAUCAAAAUUAUUGAAUUUGUUACCAUAGUUCAGUUCCAAAAUUUUCCUAGUUCAUUGUUGUUUCCCUGUAUUGGAGGUAUUUCUCCUUUUGCUUUUAUUUUGUUGUUCUUUUCAUAUAGAGAUAACCCGGGUUUAAAAGAGACGGUGGUGCGUGAUUUCAACACGGAAUGCCAUCUUAUAUGGUCACAAGCCCGAUUGAUUAAAUUGAUGUCGGUUGUUUUCUUCCCCUUGUGGUUAAUGUUAUUAAGAAAGAUGAUUUUGACUAUGUCUA